AUGGAGGGAGUGAGCUCGCUGCUGGCCGGCUGCCCCACUGCCGGCCUGGCCGGCGGCCUGGGGGUCACAGCAUGCGCCGCGGCCGGCGUGCUCCUCUACCGGAUCGCGCGGAGAAUGAAACCGACCCACACCAUUGUCAACUGCUGGUUCUGCAACCAGGAUACUGUGGUGCCCUAUGGUAACCGCAACUGCUGGGACUGUCCUCACUGUGAGCAGUACAACGGCUUCCAGGAGAACGGUGACUACAACAAGCCGAUCCCCGCCCAGUACCUGGAGCACCUGAACCAUGGGGUGAGCAGUGCGCCCAGCCCCCAAGACCCCACGCAGCCCCAGCAGUGGGUGAGCAGCCAGGUUCUGCUGUGCAGGCGCUGCAGCCACCAUCAGACCACCAAGAUCAAGCAGCUGGCCGCCUUCGCCCCACGGGAGGAGAGCAGGUAUGACGAGGAGAUCGAAGUGUACCGGCACCACCUGGAGCAAAUGUACAAGCUGUGCCGGCCCUGCCAGGCGGCCGUGGAAUACUACAUCAAGCACCAGAACCGCCAGCUGCGUGCUCUGCUGCUCAGUCAUCAGUUCAGGCGCCGGGAAGCUGACCCGUCCUGCAGUCAGAGCUUCUGCUCCUCAGCAUUGAAGGCCCCACUGCAGGUUAUCGUGCUCCGCGCCCUCGCCUUCCUGGCCUGCGCCUUCUUGCUGACCGCCACAUUCUACAAUGCAGAUGACCCUUUCGCCCCUGGGGCGGCCCUGCCCCCUGCCCUGCCACCUGGUGGCAAUGGUUCGGCUGCACCUGCCAAUGGCACUGCCCCAGGAGGCGAGGGCUGGAGGCAGCUGCUGGGGUUGCUGCCAGAGCCUGUGAUGGAGAAACUUCAGGAAGCCUGGGCCUUCGGGCAGAGCCACCAGACGGGUGUGGUGCUUCUGGGCCUGCUCACCUGCCUGCUGGCCAUGCUGCUGGCUGGGCGUCUCAGACUCCGGAGGAUUGACGCCUUCGCCUCCUGCCUGUGGGCCCUGCUGUUGGGGCUGUACCUAGCAGAACAGUACCUGCAGGCUGCCUCGCCCAGCUGGCUGGACACACUCAAGUUCAGCACCAUGUCCCUGUGCUGUCUGGUGGGCUUCAUGGCAGCCGUGGCCACGAGGAAAGCAACAGGCCCACGGAGGGCCCGCCCCCGAAGGUACUUCCCAGGAGACCCUGCUGGCCUCUUCCCCACCGUUCCCAGUCUGACCGCCCCCUGCCCUGGGGUUGGAGGCGUCUCUCCGGCUCUGCUCAUGUCCGGCUUCCUACCCCUCACCAACCAGCAGCUGUUCCGGUCACCCCGACGGGCCUCGCCCUCCUCCCUGCCAGGCCGCCUCCACCGGGCCCUCUCACUGGGGACCAUGCCCUCUCUGACCCGAGCAGACUCAGGGUAUCUGUUCAGUGGGAGCCGUCCCCCCUCUCAGGUGACCCGGUCAGGGGAGUUUCCUAUUCCAGACUACUUCUCUCUGCUGUCUGGGAGCUGCCCCUCCUCGCCUCUCCCCUCCCCAGCGCCCUCUGUGGCCGGUUCCAUGGCCUCCAGCUCCAGUUCUAUGCGCCACCGCAGACCCCUCAUCAGCCCCGCCCGGCUCAACCUGAAGGGCCAGAAGCUACUGCUGUUCCCAUCACCCUCCGGGGAGACCCCCAACACACCCAGCAGCUCCGAUGAGCCCUCCCCCCACGACGGCAGCCUCUUCACCAUUGAGUCGCCCCGGGUGCCGCCGAGUGUGUCCCCGAGGGACACUAAGCACACUGUGGAGCUGAAGGGGGAGCUGCCUAGGGGCCGCACCUGCAACCGUUCCAUCAAGAAGGAGGAUGACUCGUCCCAGUCGUCUACCUGUGUGGUGGAUACCACCACCAGAGCGGGCUGCGAGGAGGCCACUGCCUGGAGAGGUCUUUUUGGCCCCUCCCUUGUCUGGGGCCUUCUGGCCGUGAGCUUGGCUGCCAACGCCGUCUUCACCUCAGCCUACCUGUACCAGAGCUUGCGCUGA